CUCUGUUCGCUUACAGCUGCUGGUUCACUGACUCUGUUAGCAUUAGCAUUAGCUGCUUUACUCUGUGUGCUGAAAGUGGGCAAAAGUUUUCGUUAGCUGAUGCUAACUCUGCUAACGGGCAUUAGCAUCAGUUUGAGGCGCAAAGUGCAUCUCACGGUUUGUUUUUAACAGCGAACAAACUUUAAAGUUUAUCCGGUACAAACUGGCACUUUGUUGGAGGAGGAAACAACUUUACACCUGGAAACCCGCUGCCGUGAAGCUAACGAAGCUAACCAAGCUAACCAAGUAACCUAACUAACUAACUCGCUAACUAACCAGCUGAGUCAGAGAACAGAGAACAGGCGGGUUCUCACCCGAACCCGAACCCUGGCGGGUUCUAAGCUCUGCUGGGAUUUAACCAAACAGCAGAAACACACUGAAGAAAAAGGAAAUGUGUUGACGUUAAAAAAUAUUCAAAGCCCUAGCGCAUCAAGCUCACCUGCCCAGGUACAGUCAGGUGAAGAUGCAUUACUAUCGCUAUGAGAGCGCCGAGGUUAGCUGCUGCUACAAGUACCUGAUGUUCAGCUACAACAUCAUCUUCUGGUUGGCAGGAGCAGCCUUCAUCGCGGUGGGUUUCUGGGCAUGGAGUGAGAAGGGCGUCCUGCUGGACCUCACACAGGUGACCCGGCUGCAUGGCUUUGAUCCUGUGUGGCUGGUUCUUCUGGUGGGCGGAGUCACCUUCAUCCUAGGCUUUGCCGGCUGUGUCGGAGCUUUGAGGGAGAACAUCUGCCUUUUGAAGUUUUUCUCCGGGGUGAUCGGCUUCAUCUUCUUCCUGGAGCUGACGGCGGCCGUGUUGGCGGUGGUUUUCCAGAGCCAGGUGAGAGAGUGGAUCAACGAUUUCUUCCUUGCCAACAUCAAAGCCUACAGAGACGACAUCGACCUGCAGAACCUCAUUGAUUCCCUGCAGAGACUGAACCACUGCUGUGGAGCCCAGCAGCCGGACGACUGGGACCUGAACGUUUAUUUCAGCUGUAAUGAAAGUCACCGCAGCCGCGAGAAGUGCGGGGUUCCCUUCUCCUGCUGCCUCUCCGAUCCUGCUGACACGGUGGUGAACACGCAAUGUGGUUAUGAUGUCAGAGGUCGGCCCAAGGCCGAGUGGAGUAACCACAUCUACACCAAAGGCUGCAUCCCGGCCCUGGAGGACUGGCUGCCCGGGAACCUCUACACCGUAGCCGGCGUCUUCGUGGUCAUCUCCCUGCUGCAGAUGGUGGGAAUCUACCUGGCCAGGACGCUGAUAGGAGACAUUGAGAAGGUCAGGUUCAACCACUACUGACUGGACCUUCGUCUACAUCCCAUCUCCCUCCUCCUCCUCUUCCUCGUCUAAUAGGGCAGUCAGAGUUAGACCUUCAUCUUCACCCCCCUCGUCCUCCGUUCUCCCAUGAGCUGGCGGUCCAAUGUGCCUUCUUCCUCCUCAGAUCUUCUGUCGCUUUCCACCUCAGAUGUUAUAAUAAAAUUCUUGUUAAAUGUUCUAGCUCAAAUUAUAAUUAGAAUGAAAUCUGGAUUUGAUGUUGUGGUAAUUGAAGCCAUGGGCUGACCUGAGAAGGACGCUGACGCCAUCCUGUCUACAGACAGGAAACAGUCCCCAGACCAGCUUCAGCAGAGACCAGAAAUCUGUCCAUCGCCAUGGAGACAAACCAUCAUCAAGCAACAAUAGCAGUGGGUUGUUCCACAAUCAGCUGACUCUAAACUCAUUAUGAGAUGAACUUGAAAUAUAUUUCAGAGGGAGUUUUUACUUUGUCCUGCAGUUUAGAUUUUCCAUGUUGCUGAAAGCUGUUGUACGAUGACUUUUAUCUCUAAACACAAGAAAAUUGGAAAAUUCUGUUUUGACUGUUUCUGCUCCGGAAUGUUUUCUUCUUCUGUGGUGUAGCCGGUGAGCAGGAAGCAGUUUGAUAAGUGUGAUGUCUUCUUUGCUUCCUGCCCCCAGCGGGACACUUACCUCACUUUGAUCAACUUGGAGCUCUGUCUUCUCAAUCAUCCUCGUUUCCAUCAACCCAACUUCCUGUUCCACUAGCCCAUUUCCUGUUGCCUGAAGGUUUGGACGCUGUUGAGGCAUUUGGAAGCUGAUUGGCUCUCAUGUUUGUAAACCACUGCUUCUUUGCACACACUCACAACCAUAAAACACGAGUGUAUGUGUGUGUUCUCACAUGGACUGUUAAAAAAAAAACAACAACAAAGCUUGUUGUGGUUAGGGUUUGGUCUCUGUGUGGAUACAGCCGGACCCUGGA